AUGAUGGUCAUACUCUUGCUUGAAUAACCUGUGUAGUUGCUGCUACUACUACUACUGACCGUAUUGACAUGAUGAGUGGGACAGUCCCCUGCGAGGGUAUAUACUGUAGGUGCCUCCAUUUUUCCUAUUCAAGGCUCUGAUGAAGGCGAUUCAUGCCGAAACUUAAGCCUAUUGUUUGUUUGUCCCGUCAAUAAAUCUAUCAGAUUUACCCGGCAACAGUGCUCCUUUUUCUUUAUUCUCCCGGAUAGUCACCAGUUGAAGUAUCCUAGGGUAAGGAAUGUUUUGAGGAUUUCCUUUUUCUAAAAUGUUUUGAGGUUGGGAGGGAUCUUAGACCAUUCCUCCAUACAGAAUCUUUCCAGAUCCUUGAUACUCUUCUGUCUGCGCUUAUGGACUGCCCUUUUCAAUUCAAACCACAGGUUUUCAAUGGGCUUCAAGUCCGGAGACUGAGAUGGCCAUUGCAAAAUGUUUAUUUUUGUGGUCAAUUAACCAUUUAUUUGUGGAUUUUGAUUAGUGCUUGGGGUUAUUGUCUUGCUGGAAGAUUCACUUGCGGCCAAAUGCCAGCCUCGAUCAAGUUGUCUAAAAUGUCCUGGUAGUUGUAAGAGUUCAUGAUGCCCUUGACCUUAACAAGGGCCCCAGGGACAGUGGACCCCUAUCUUUUUAGAUUUUAAAAAAAAUAACUUGUUUAAUAAAAAUAAUCUCUUCCUCUGAGCAAUUGUAUAAAAUACUUUUUUGAUCAUCUUAAUCAAGGGUGGCAAUAAUUAUGGACCUGACUGAUAGGGAUGUUUUUGAGGGUUGUUUUUUAGUCCCCUGUAGCUCAGUUGGUAGAGCAUGGCGCUUGCAACGCCAGGGUUGUGGGUUUGUUUCCCACGGGGGGCCAGUAUGAAAAAUUUAUGCACUCACUAACUGUAAGUCGCUCUGGAUAAGAGCGUCUGCUAAAUGACUAAAAUGUAAAUGUUUGUACUAUUGAAUCAGUCUCUAUGGCAAAGCCCCCGCUGUGGUUGGAGUUUGUGUGCAUAUCUCUUCCUACAGGAGCAGCUGGAGCAUGCAGAGGUGAGCACAGCCCUGCGUUACCUGGGCCAGUACUACUUCAAAAACCAGCUCUAUGACGAGGCGUCACUCUGUGCGCAACGCUGCUGUGACUACAACGACGUAAGUACUGCCUGUACAACCUCGCACUCUUCAAGUUGAACAGUUGUUCUUUACAUGUAAAGUAUGUAUGUUGAUAAGAUAGAUACACGCACACUGCCUGUCCUGUAUAGCUAAAGUGUCAGUCCUGUCUGAGGUACAGUGCUGAGUGAGUGAUUGGUGUCCUUCCACCAGGCUCGUGAGGAAGGCAAGGCUCUGCUCAGACAGAUCUCCCAGGUCAGAGACCAGACGGAGUCCUCAACCACAGACCUGUUUGGACCGCUCUCCUCCAACAACACUCCCAUCAGGAGGGUGUCCCCCCUCGACCUGUCCUUCAACCCCUGACACGCUACCUUCACUGUC